CAUCAAUCGAUUACCAUGUACUUCUGCACGUAACAAUCCAAUGAUUCGCUUCAAUCACCGAGGGUGCUUUUCAGCCCAGGUCAAGAACCAAAACAAUCAAGGAAUUCAGAUCCCAAUUCCUUCCUCAAAGGAUGCAGAAAUUAGCGCAUCAGGAUCCGCCCUAAUGCAUGAACUAUUGAUUCUCCGUCCUGCCGAUCCUCCUUGUUCUCGAUCUGAUUCAGCUCGCCUCAAUAUCCACUCCUAGAUAUCUUGACUAAAAUUUUACAUUCUCUAGAUUAAAGGGUCGUCGCGAACUAUUCCACAUCCUCCGCUAAUUGGGCUGUUCAAACCACCAAAAGCCCUCGACAUGCAGAAACAACAAAUCCUGCAUAUGCACGACCCCUCCCUUCAGUUGACCCCAAGGAAUACCGAGCAAUCCAUUGUUCUCCGAAAUGCAUGGACAUGCAAUGCGGUGGUCCUAUGUCGUAUCACUAGGUUUUUUUAGCCAUACAGUGGGUUUGCCUGCUCUUGGCAGCAUGCAAUGCAUGAUGAUCUUUCUCAGCUAGGCACCUAGUGGGCAUGCGCAGCUGAAUCCUGCUCAGAUGCUUUUGACAUUAUUUAAACCAUUUAUGAAUCCCCUCCCUUCUUUCUGCCGUCUAUCAUUCCUCGCCAUCGAGUAUUAAUCGCUCGCUCAACAUGGCUCCUAAGUCUCUUUUUUACACCCUUUUCUCCUCCCUCACCGUUGCCCUCGCGGCAUCCGUCCCUCAAACAGACUAUGAAGUUAUUGUCGUGGGAGGUGGCCCUGCAGGUCUCUCUGCGCUUAGCGGUUUAUCCCGUGUAAGACGCAAGACGGCUCUCUUCGACUCCCAUGAAUAUCGCAAUGCUGCUACUCGUAACAUGCACGAUGUGAUCGGCAAUGAUGGCACCGUGCCCAGCGAAUUCCGCGGUCUGGCCCGCGAGCAGAUUUCCCGGUACGACACCGCAACCUUCAUCGACAAGAGAGUCAACACUAUCGAGACUGUGUCUGACGAGGCCUCCAACACCUCGUACUUCCGCGCCCAAGACGCCGACGGCAAGGCGUACACCGCCCGCAAAGUCGUCCUGGGCACGGGUCUCGUAGAUAUCCUCCCCGACGUACCGGGUCUGCAGGAAGCCUGGGCAAAUGGCGUUUACUGGUGCCCUUGGUGUGACGGAUAUGAGCAUCGGGACCAGCCAUUCGGUAUCCUGGGCGCGCUCCCGGAUGUCGUCGGCAGCGUAUUGGAAGUAUACACCCUGAACACGGAUAUCAUUGCUUUCGUGAACGGUACGCAGACGCCGGACCAGGAGGCCGAGUUGGCGAAGAAAUACCCCAACUGGGAGGCACAGCUGGAGGCGUACAAUGUGCGUCUGGAGAACGAAACAAUCGCAUCCUUCGAGCGUAUUCAGGACGGUAGCCAGGUAAAGGACAGGAACGGUACCAGACAGAUUGAUAUCUUCCGUGUUCAUUUCACCAAUGGCUCGUCUGUUGAUCGUAAUGCUUUCAUCACCAACUAUCCCAGCGAGCAGCGGUCGGACCUUCCCAAACAGCUGGGUCUGGCUAUGCUCGGCAACAAGAUCGAUGCCACUACCAACCCUGGUAUGAGGACUAGUGUGCCUGGUGUCUUUGCUAUUGGCGACUGCAACAGUGAUAACAGCACCAAUGUGCCUCAUGCUAUGUUCAGUGGUAAGAAGGCUGCUGUCUUUGCGCAUGGUAUGUUUUCUUUCCUUUCACCUGCUAUUUCACCAUGUUGUUCGAGGCUGACAUGUGCCACAGUCGAAAUGGCUAAGGAGGAAUCUAACGCGGCCAUCGACAAGCGUGAUGAUGACUUGGUGAAGGAGGUUGAGAAGCGUAUGGGCAAUGAUAUGGAGAAGAUCUAUAACCGGGCCAGAGGACUGUGAUCGAUCUAUGUGAUCGAUGGCCACCGAUAGUUGUCAUCGCUGGUUUACGAGACCUCUUAUCAACUCUUUCAUUCUGUGAUAUACGUUUAACAGUAUAAUUUGAUUUUAAUCUAAAGGACGUUAGGUAUGACGUGGA